CCGCCUGCCCCAUCAGGCAAGUCAGCCUGCACCAUGGGGUGCGGUGCGGCGUCAAAGCCCGUCGACAAGCCGCCCCCCGCGGCAAAGGCCGGUGAGGUGGUCACUCCUGCGCCCGCGGCCGCGGAGCCGAAGCCGGCGCCCGCGGCCGCGGAGCCGAAGCCGGCGGAAGAAGAGUGAGGACAAGAAAGGAUAUGUCUACGGCUUCUUCGAUCUGAAGAACGCCGAUGAGUUCAAGACUGUCUACAGCCCCAUGGCCGAACCGACGCUGGAGCCCUAUGGAGGAAAAUUCAUCAUGAAGCACGCGCUGGUACCCGAGCUGGCCGCGAAGAUGGGCAUGAAGGAGUCCAAGGGCUUCGGCACCACGGGCAUGAUGGCCUUCAUGCUGGAGUUCGACACCUUCGAGAAGGCCAUGGGCUGGUUCACGGGCCCCGAGUAUGCCGCGGUGCUCGCGAAGCGUGACGAGGUCGCCGACUUCAAGAUGGCCGUCGUCGAGGGCGCCCCGAUCCCCGCUGGUGCCGGCCUCGUGGUUGGCUUUUUCGACAUGAAGAACCCUGAGGAGUUCAAGACUGUCUACAGCCCCAUGGCCGAGCCCACGUUAGAGCCCUACGGAGGCAAGUUUGCCAUCAAGCAUGCGCUGGUGCCCGAGAUGGCCGCAAAGAUGGGCAUGAAGGAGUCCAAGGGCUUCGGCACCACAGGCCAGAUGGCCUUCGUGCUGCAGUUCGCUGAUUUCGAGAAGGCCAUGGGCUGGUUCACGGGCCCCGAGUAUGCCGCGGUGCUCGCGAAGCGCGACGAGGUCGCCGACUUCAGGAUGGCAGUGGUUGAAGCGAUGGGGGCCUCCAAGCCGGCGGCUGAGGAUGCAAAGCCCGCCGAGGCGGAGCCUUCGGCGCCCGCCGUGGCGCCCGUGGCGCAGGAGGUGGUGAAGUGCAGCAUGCGGGGCAGGCGCAGGGCACCGGAGCAGAAGGCCAGCCGGCGGCCUCAGGCUAGGCGCGUGGUCGACUUCGGCGACCACGACGCAGGAAAGUGGGUGUUGACCAGCACUGAGUACGACGGCUCCUACGGCAUCAUCGGCGGGACACCCGUCGUCCACGAGAAGACGGGCCCGAUCCAGGAGGGUCUGGACCUUCUGAAGCAGGAACCGCACAAGUACCUCUCGCUGUGGUACCAGACGGACAUGACAUCGUGGCCCGCUGAUCAGCAGCAGUACUCGCUGUGUGAGCGCAGGAAGCAGAGGAUUGUCGUUACGGAGUCGAAAGGGGCGCCGUUCACGUACGUCGAGAGCAAGUACCAUUCGAAGAGCCAUGCCCUGCCGGACUGCCAGGUGCAGCACGACCAGUUUACGGACGGCAUGUCCUACGCGGGCGCCCCGUGCACGGAGGGCAAGCAGCCCGGCCGAGGGCAGGGCUGCGCAGACGUGCCGGGCCUCAGCGUCAUCAAGAAGGUGUUUGCUAAAACUCCUGGAAUCGAGUCCAUGCCGGGCGAGGGCGAGAACAGGUACGUGGUGACGUUGUACGACCUGAAGACCUGGAAGCCGGUCGACAUCGAGGUCGACGAGCGGCUCCCUGGGAACCCGAACGGCAGCGGCCUGCUGGGUUGCGGCCCAAGCGCGUCCGGGGACCUGUGGGCACCUUACAUCGAGAAGGCGUGCGCCAUCCACUGUGGAGGAUGGGACAAAAUCAAUGGCGGCCAGUGCACGCACGCCUGGCGCAUGCUCACGGGCUGCAGAGAACAGUACACCUUCAUGCCAGACCCCAGCGGCAUGUACGGCUGCUUCGGGGCCAUGAACCCCAACACGAACGAGUGGGAGGAGCUCGCCAACUCGCCGCACGACGGAUUCCGCGGCCUGUGGCCCAACCCGUGGCCCGAAGUGGGCGGCGGCGGCGGCCUGAUGCACAAGAUCGACUCGGACGAGAUGUUCGAGCGCAUGUGCGCGUUUGACGACGAGAACUACAUCAUGGGUGCGGGCACCAAGGCCGGCUCGGACACGCAGGACACCGACGGCAUCGUGGAUGGCCACGCCUACACGAUCAUAGAUUGUGUCAACAACGCGGGGGGCACGGAGUUCGAUUUGAUCAAGGUGCGCAACCCGUGGGGCCAGGGCGAGUUCAAGUCGGGCAUGUGGGACGACGAUGGCCCUGGCUGGACGCAGUACCCUCAGGUUAAGGAAGCCCUGAAACCUGUUGCGGCCGAUGACGGUGUGUUCUGGGUUGACAAGGAGGAGUUCUUCAAAUACUUCAAGACCAUCUACGUGUGCGCGAAGAACAUGACCGAAUUCAUCGAG